GCCACUUUUUCCUCGGUUAUGUUGAGCGUGUCGGAACACAUCCCUUUAAUAAAAUCAAUUCUGUAGUUCAACGUGUUAUCAAAGAAGAUUAUAGUAGGGACAGAAUAAGUGCUACUGGUAUAGGAACUUUCUACAUGUGAAUGCAAAAUAUUACAUUUUGAAAUUCUUUAUUGGAUAAUAUUUAAUAAAAAAUUUGUCACAGUUUGGAACAUUAAAGAAAGUGGAAAAAUAGUUGUAAUAUUGUUUGAAGAGGGGUAAUGAAGUGAAAAAUAGAAGAUUAAAGCAGAUAACUGAUAGGAUGUGCAUUCCAAUGGAUGUGUAUUGCAGUUAGUACAUGUUUUUAUCACCUGUGAUACAGGUAAACGGUUGUUAGAUAGAUAGCACCCCCUCAGGGGAACAGAGGGAGGAGAUGCAAGGUUACCACAAUGGUCCUGAGAUGCAGGGCUAUCACAAUGGUUCCCUUAAUUUCAGUCCACGACAUUCACAGAUCAAAAGUGUACACGAUUCAUUUAACUCUGGUGUGUUCCCAGAUUCUGACAGUGGAUUCAGUUCUAGUCUAAAGACCAGAAUGUACCCUGAAGAUUAUAGUCCAAGGGGAGGUUCACCAGAUCCAGGUCCAGCUGCUGGAGCCAUGGUCAGGGCCCGCUCAAUGUCACGUCUCAACUCAACAUUCUCAUCACAAGACUUAACACCUCAUGAUCAUCCAUAUGUGUUUAACCGAUCGGUGCGCAAUCUAAAAACAACGCUAGAAGACAGUGAAAACAGACGAGUGGUGUUAAUGCACAAACUGAAAGAGGCACAAGACACUCUAGAUUUACAAAGUCAAAGACUCAACAAAAUAGAAAAUGCAGCACGGGGGAACACAAUCCUUGUUGGUGACCUGCAGUUAAAAGAAAGGGAAUACAGAAAGACAAUAAACACUUUUGAAACAUUAGAACAAGAAAGAGAUUAUUUGAAAAUGGAAAAUAUUCGUUUACGGCAGGAAAUGCAAGACAGGAUAGACAAAUUAGAUUUCCAAUUGAGGUCACUUUCGGCUCAACACCAAGUGACAGAAAAUGACAAUAAUAAACGUAUGGUGCUUUUAGAACAAUCUACACAAGCUUUAUCUAUGUUAGAGAAUGAAAACGGUAGAUUGACUCAGGAUAAAGAUACUUUGAAAAGAGAAAUUGCUGUUUCUAAAGAAGCCAUGGAUUUGGCCAGAUCAAAGUUUGAACCUAUGGAAAAGGAGAAUGCCACAUUAAGGGUAGAAAUCAAACAUCUGAGAGACGAUAAUGGAAACUUAAAUAAAAGGAUUGGUGAAGUAUCAGGACAGUUAUCAGAACUAAGAAGUCUCACACAGUCCAUGAAAGAUGAAAAUGAAAAACUAGCAGGCUCAUGGAAAUCAUUAGCUGAAGAAAAACAAAAGCUGGUAAAACAGUUAGAAGUGUCAGAAGAAAAAGGAAAAGAUUUGCAGUCUAAAGUGACUCUUUUUGGUGCUGAAAAAGACAGAUUGUUUCAUGAGAAAAUGGACUCCAAUAACAAAUUACAACAGAUAUUAGUCAAUAAUGAACAGUUAGAAAGAACUAAAUCAGUAUUAGAAGAGCAGAUACAUGAUCAAGAAAUUGAAGUUUCAAGAGCUAAAAAUAUUGCCAAAAAGAAACAGGACCAAUAUGUUGAUGUUGAAGAAGAACUAUUAGAUUAUAAAAAGGCCAACCAAGAUUUAGCAUCAGAGCUGGACUCAGUGAGAGCUUAUUACGAGAGGUCUUUAGAGCAGAUUAGUACAUUAGAAAGUGGUAAAAAAGUCACACAACAACAGGCUGAGUUUGCUUUGACUGAGAGAGACAGACUUAAGGACGAAGUAGAGAAAUUAAAUAAGUUGGUAGAUAACAAAGCCAAAGAAUAUAAAAGGGAGAAAGAAGAGAUCGAAGAAGUCAAUGACAGCUUGAAGGGUGAAUUGAGACAGUUGAGACAUGAUAAUACUCUACUGGACAACAAAAAUCAGGAAUUAGAAACAAAAUUGAAGAAAGCUAAUGAAGAUUUAAUGAGGGAAGCAACAGCCCAACAACAAGAACUAGACACAUGGAAGGAUACAUGUGAUAGACUUACAGCUUCUGUCAGUCGGAAAGAAAACGAAAUACAAACCCUCAGUGAUAGGUUAUUAGAUAUGGAGGACUUGACGUCUAGAUUGGAGGGUGACAAUAAAGUGCUAAAAGAUGAAUGUGAGAAACUGUCAGACGACCAUGAGGAUAAAGUCAAAUUAAAAGAUGAAAACAGGAAGUUAAUACAAGAAAGGGCGGAGAAUGAACAAAUGAUCAAAUUAUUAGAGACGCAAAAAGAAGUAUUAACAAAGAGUUCUGAGAGUAGUUUGACCAAGUUACAUGAUGUUGAACAACUUUCAGGAAAAGUGGAACAAUUCAGAAAUGAAAAUGAACAUCUCAGGGAAAGAAUUUUAGAGUUAGAAAAGGUUAGAGAUGACCUGGUUAAUCAGAAAGAAGAGUUAUUGGCUAGCACAGAAUUAAUAUACAAGAAACCUAGACUUGAGGAGUUAGAAAACAAAGUGGAGGAAUUACGUCAUGCUAAUAGACAACUAAGGGAGAUAAAUGACUCCGUCAAUGACAAACUCGAUAACUUUCAACAGGUUAAUGACUAUUCACAGCUAGAAAAUUUAGAAAUGAAGGAAGCAUUAGUUAGUUCAGCACCAAAGAUAGAAGUAGACAGACUUCGACAAGAGAGAGACCAGCUGGAAGAUGAGUGUGAACAGUUACGUCGAGAGAAAGAUAGUUUACAAACAAGACAUGAAGAAUAUGUCAAAGAUUAUGGGCCUGAGGGAGAAGUGUCUUAUCAAGAAAAACUCAGAGUCAAUAAACUGAACAGAGAGAAGGAAGAUUUAGAAAAACAAGUAGCUCUAAUCAACGGUCAGUUACUGUUAGUGGAAUCUAGUAAGAAAAGAUUGGAUGAGGUAGUUGAGGAUUUACAAACAGAAAUUGUACACUUAAGAAAAGAAUUGGAGGAGGCUGAGAAACAGGAAGCUCUGAGGAUAUAUCAUGGUGCAAGACCAGUAAGUGGACCAGAAGUGGACCACCUUCAGUCUGAGAUCGAGGCUCUAAGGGAGGAACUUGAGAAAACACAAAGAGAGAAGAACAAGAAAGAUACACUAAUCAGAAGCCUAAAAGAUGACCUUGAGGACGAGAGAACUAAACAACCCCAUGAAAUAAGAGAAUCUUUAGAUGAUGUGGGUUCAGAACUAACGGAGGUCAAAGGUGAACUUCAUAAGUUGAUUGGUGUGAUACAAGAUAAAGACAGAAAUAUUGAAACCUUGGAAUCAGAACUGAAGUUAUCUAAAGAAAAUCUGAACAGAAAAGAAAGAGAAAUGAGGGGGAUGGGUAGUGACUCUGAUGACAGAUCUCUAGGGCGAGGAGGACGCUCUAGAAUUCCCAGACGUUCAGAAGAUGGUAAGACAGAAAAAGAUGUUCAUCGAUCCAAGAGUUUAACAGAUAAAGGGUCAAACAGUGGUGAUCGUCUGCAGUCACUGAUAUCUAAAUAUAGAAGUUAUGGAGAAACAGGAAAUACAUUUCCUGAACGCAAAAUAAAGCCGCUAUCUUUAUCGGGCAGCAGCAGUAAGAUGGGACUUGUUACAAAAGGACGCAGCUUUGGCCCAGCUGCUCCAAAGGACCAGAUACCGAAAAGUUCUUGAAAUGUAGGAGUACCCAGACACCAGUAUUACCGUCCAGUCGAGUCAUGUGAUAAAUUUCGUCCACGAAGAACAGGGUCGUUUUAUUUAACUGUGAUAUGUAUUUACCCAUAUAGUUACUCAAGAUUUACAGCAAACAUUAUAAAGAUUUCAUCAUUUAACCCACAUUCCAACAUUUUUUAUUUUUACAUUUUGUAAAUCUUUAUCCAUCAAUAAUAUAUUUGAUAAUAAUCUUAUAUUUCAGUACAUCUAACAUUCAUUCUCUCUUAAAGAUGCUGUUACUUUUGUUUGUUUACACUUGGGUUUGUCUUAUUGUAUAUUGAAAAACAAAUAAUAUACCUCUUCAUUUUUGUAAACAAAACAUUUCCCUCUAGAAUUGUAAAUGGAAAAAACUUUUAUAUUGAAAAAGUCUCAUUGUAUUUUUUAAUCAUUUCAUUCUGGUUGCUUUUGUUGAAAACAUUCUCAAAUAUUUACAAAUGUGCCAAUUUACUAGUUAAAAAAAAUUCAAUAGAUUUGAUUGCUAAAUUAUAGUCUGUGUGAUAUUUCUAGGUUACGUGAGUUGACUAGCCUGACAUCUCAACACAGUAUUACGGUGAAUCCUAAUGCAGGUCACCUUAGAAUUAAUAACAUGAUGACUAAUUUUAGAUUUGUGUGUGUAGACUGAUACAAUCCUCCCAAUUGGUUAAAUGAUACUGAAUUCUAAGGAAAAUAAAACAUGUCUUUCACAUUCACAGAAAAUGAUGUUUCAGUCUUAAAUAUAUCUUUAGUGUAUCAGCAUUUAAAAUAUCAACAGAAUGGUACAUAUUUAGAAAUAAUUUUUACUAGUAGAGUAACUUGGGAAUCAGAAUGUACCAGAACAAAACAUGAAGGUGCAAGCUUAGAGUUUGAUGAAGGAUGAUAAAUUUGACAAUUAUACACUAAUGAAUGUUUUGUUAUGUGCAAACCCUUUUAUUGGAGGCAACAAUUUAAAGAGACAAUAAGUGGAGCUAAUAGAGCUAAUAUUGUACUGUCUGGAACAGAGAUAGGAAAAUUGUAUUUUUGUCAGCGCCCCUGAAAUAAAGACUGAUCAUGAGGGUGGUAUGUUGGUAUAUGCAAACCCUUCGAGGCUAGGCCACUAAUAUAAUGGACAACUGUCCUGAACAGAGAUGGGGAAAAUUGUAUUUUUGUCAGCGCCCCUGAAAUAAAGACUAAUCAUGAGGGUGGUAUGUUGGUAUAUGCAAACCCUUCGAGGCUAGGCCACUAAUAUAAUGGACAACUGUCCUGAACAGAGAUGGGGAAAAUUGUAUUUUUGUCAGCGCCCCUGAAAUAAAGACUAAUCAUGAGGGUGGUAUGUUGGUAUAUGCAAACCCUUCGAGGCUAGGCCACUAAUAUAAUGGACAACUGUCCUGAACAGAGAUGGGGAAAAUUGUAUUUUUGUCAGCGCCCCUGAAAUAAAGACUAAUCAUGAGGGUGGUAUGUUGGUAUAUGCAAACCCUUCGAGGCUAGGCCACUAAUAUAAUGGACAACUGUCCUGAACAGAGAUGGGGAAAAUUGUAUUUUUGUCAGCACACCACUCAUGAAACAGAGACCAUUUUAUUGUUAUCAUUCUUCUAUGUUUGACUGUGAUAAGAACUGUACUGUUUUCUACAUACUGUGAUACACCUCUUUAAUUGUGUAAUGUGAUAUGUCUUCUCUUUUUAAGUUGUUUUAGAUAUAUAUAUAUAUAUAUUUAUUAUUUAUUUUAUCUAGAUAUGUAUAAUUUUAUUGUUGAAUUGGAAACUAAAUUUUAUGAAGUAUCAAGGAAAAUCAAAACUUUAGUUUCUGUACUUACUAUAGAGACAUUUAUGUUUAUUAAAUGCAUUUAUUUUCA